AUGAUAAAUAGAGAUAAACUGAAGAAAAAGGCUAUUUCAUCCAAUAAUUCUGAAUCUUUGUCUGCUUAUAAGCAGCAAAGAAAUUUUGUAAAUAAUAAGAUCAAAAAAGCGAAAAAGGCAUAUUUUCAAGACGAACUCAACAGAAAUGUAAAUAAUGUUAAAGAAACAUGGAAAAUUUUAAAUAAUGCGUUGGGAAAGAAAUCGGAUAACAUCGAAAUAAACACGCUGUCAUCUGACUCAGGAGAAAUCUUAACCGA